AUGUCAUUACAAGAAAAGCGCCAUGCUAUGAAGUCCAAUGCGCAGCCCAAGACCGGCUCCGGCGCCUACAUUCUCACGUCGGUCCUGCCCACCGCGUAUCGCUCCGCCGCCAUUAUACCGCCUUCCAGAAUCCCGAGCCUCGGCGACGAAGCAACAUACCUAGCCUUUUACACUAUGGUCGUCUCGCUGAUAUGGCUCAGCGCCAACGAGCUGAGCGACCCGAAACUGAAACGCCAUCUCCAGCGACUCAACGCCGACAAGAACGUUGCCAGCGAGAAGACAGAACUGACCCUCAAGCGCAUGGAGCGCCAGGGCUACGUUGUUCGUAAGGUGGACCGGCCGCCGGUAGGACAUGAAGGCGAGGAGCUGGUGACAUGGCACGUUGGGCCGCGCGGAAGAGAGGAAAUUGGUAUUGAUGGCGUGAUGGGCUUCGUGCGAGAAGUGUACGGAGACUCGGGCGACGAUCUGGAGAAAAAGCUGCGAUCUAGCUUGGGAAUAAAGCAGGUGCAAGAAGCGGGGGACGAAGAUGCUGAUGGAGAUAGCGUUAUGUAA